AUGUCAACUCCUCUGGACAAAAGCACCCUGAGCGGCAUAACCCGCAUCAAUGUCGGCACCCCCGAAACCGCGUUCGACGUGCACAUCGAGCUGCUCCGCUCCUGCUCCCCCUUUUUCGACCGUCUCUUCAAAGACCACACUCUCGUAGAGAUCCAAACCAACCCCGUCCCCCUUCCUAACGAGGACCCCGACCUGUUCGGCGACCUAAUCAGCUGGCUCUACCGCGGCACUCUCUCGCAGUACCUCGUCGCACAAGACUCCGCCUUCUUCCUCUUCCGACUCUGGAUCCUCGGCGCCCGCUUCGAGAUGCCCGGGUUGCAGAAUUACGUGAUCUCGCACUUCCUCGUCGUCAUGAAUACCCAGCCCGGCGGCGUCUACGAUAAAGAGAAGAUCGACUACGUGUACGACAACACCCAGCCUGGUUCCCCGCUGCGUCGGCUGGCCGUGGACAUGUGGGCGCGCAACGGAUCGCAGGCCGGGUUCCCCGAGCUUCUGCACUCCAUGCCGCAUGCGUUUCUUGGGGACCUUUGCGGGGCCUUGCUUGAGCAGAGGAAUGUGAAGACUGAGGCGGAAAUCAGCCUCGAGGACUUUGUAAGACGCUACUAUGUCCCGGAUCGGGUUGUCCGGGAGCAGCCUAACAAGCGGCUCUUGGAAGAUGAACCCGAGAAAUCGGUUGAGGUUGAGUCUAAUGUUCCGCAGCGCGCGACUCCGGCCCAAAUGCAAAGACGCAAGAUCAUCACUCCCAAGUCGCGGUUGCAUUCUUCUCCUGGUCCUGCCAGGUUCAUUGCGAAUGAACAUAGGGAGGGAGGUGAUUCUGAUGGCAUGUGGAGAAGACGUGAUUCCGAUGAGACGUGGAAGAGAAGAAGAAUGAGCUAG